GAAUACAAAACCAAGUCCCGUUCUCGCUGGAAAUUGCUUCCACCUGAGGAACCAGAUGUCUCAAGGAUAUUGAAGGUGGUGGAAAGGAAUGACCUUGAGGAGCUUGACGAUUCGUACGAUCACCCUUUGCACAGUACCGCUGUGGAUGCUUACGGAGAGGAACAGGCCCAAAACAGGUCACUUGGUCACGUUUCGACCCCAAAAAGGAGACAUGGAGAAAGAUCCGGUGGAAAAAAAAAGAAACCACGCCGCUCAGAAACGCCUGGUGGUGAUGCUCAGGAAUUCCGCAGAGCUGAUCCGGAGGAUGAGCUCCUUAAGGAGAAUGUGGUUCUGACUCUUGCUCAAUUCCAGGCAAAAAAGAAGCGGCGGCCUUCGGCAACGAACGUGUCGGAUCCUCCCGUGGCCAGCCCGUGUUCUGUAGAGGUGUGGUGUCCCAAAGAGAUGAAGAGAACUUCCACAGAUAUUACAGAACUGGAUGUUGUUCUGGAUGCGUUUGAGAAGGCAGCAGCAAAUUACAGGGAAAGCGUAGAAUCGAACGUUUGCAGAGAAGCCAUCAGUGCCUUCUGUUCCGCUUUCAAGGACGAAAUCACCUGUCGUAUAGUGGACGUCCAGGAAUUAAAGAAUACGAAGAAAAAAAAUGCUAAGUUAAUAACAGACAUCAGAAAGAAAAGGGAGCGACUCCUGCAAGUCAGAGGAGAGCUGAUUCGAGCUGAAUCGCAGCUGAUACAACUACAGACAGAAUAUGCCACGGUCCAGGAAAGGAAAUCUUCCUUGAGACAGGCAACCGAGUUACUCACUGAUUUGAAGGAGCUACAGCAAGACUGUUGGGAUUAUAGAGAAGAAAACCCAAAAGAAAAAGCGGUAUAUGGAACUUCCAGCCUACCUGCUCUGCUGGUGGAGUCGCGGAGAAUUCUGGGAGCAGAAAGACACUUUCAGAAUAUUAAUAGGAAACUGCAACAGGCUCUGGACGUCCAAAGAAAGAAGUUAUCAGAUAAACAUUAA